CAAGAUCCAUAUCCGUAUAAGAGGCAAUAACAGUCCAAUGCUGCUUCAGAGAAGCAAAGGAGCAAAACAGCUUGAAAAGUCUGCGCCGGACAAGUGAGCAAAGGUCACGUUCCGUAAGAGGGGAAUCCACUUUGAGCAGCAGCUGCUAAACGGCUGAAGAAGAGGCAGAGGAGGAGGAGGAGAGCAGGGGCUGGACGGCAAAUAGAAGCAGAGAAAAGUAACUGGAAUGUUAAGAUGAGAAGGAGACUGCUGACAUUUCCACCCCACGUGGUUCUCCUGGAACUCCUGCUGGUCUUGCUGCUGGUGUCUGGUGUCCUCACUGUGUGUCCGUCCGCAUGUACCUGCAACCGCAGCCACCGGGAGGUGGACUGCUCCUGGAGGGGCCUGCGAUUUCUCCCCGAUGGGCUCCAGCAUAACCUGCGAUCGCUUAACUUAUCCCACAACCGCUUCCACCACCUGGAUGAGCAGCUGACCUCGUACACACAUCUACGCGUCCUUGACUUGUCUCACAACCGACUGAACCGCCUCCCCUCCGGCUUGCCUCGCUCCCUCUGGCAUCUCUACGCCGCCUCCAACCGUGUCCAGGUGCUGGACAAGAACGACACGGCGUAUCAGUGGAACUUACAAACCCUGGACGUCUCUGACAAUCGCCUGGAACGGGCUAUUUUUAUCAACAACACCUUGAUUAAUCUGAGUAAGCUCAACAUGAGCUAUAAUCACUUCUGGACCUUACCCACAAACAUGCCGAGCCGCCUGGAGACCAUUGACCUAUCCAACAAUCUUCUGGUGCAGGUACUGCCCGGCUCGCUGGACCGGCUUCACAAGCUCACCCACUUCUAUCUACAUUCAAACCGCUUCUCCAUGUUGCCCACAGGAGUGUUGGACCAGCUUGUGUCUCUGCGUGUCAUCACUUUGUUCAACAACCCGUGGACCUGCCACAUUCAUGAGGACUUGGCUUACUUGGUCAGGUGGGCUAAGGAGACCCGUGCCCAUGUCUUGGGCUGCCCAUGCCACACGCAGCCCGCCUGUGGAUGGGUCCGCCCUGGCUGGCACUUUGCGUCCCACAACAUGCCGCCUGUCACAGCGUAUGACGAGAGCCUUUCUGUGACCGGGUGGUGGCAUUCGUCCAGUCCUGCCACGCCCACCGACCAGCCGCCCAGAUCAACAGGCAUUCUCCAAACCAUUCAUCACUUUUCUGCUCCGGCUGGCCCAGCUGCUGCAGAUAACACACGCCACGCUGAUUUCAUCUCCGAGCGAGGUUCACUCGGCACCACCGUCGAGACAUCCUCAAUUAUUGACACCAGCUUCGUAACCGAGACACCCAUCGGAGUCACGCUGGUCACAGAUCAGUCGUUCGUAACACAGAGCUCCUCCAUGCAGACAAAGAAGACAACAACUCUACGAACCAGGAGUGUGAGGAGGAAGAAUCCUAGCAGCUUCAGCAGCAGUCUGUCUCUCAGCACCUGCUCGUCUCUCACGCUCAACCUGCUGUUUCUCAUUCUGGUCCUCUGAAACAGCAAGACUCAAAUAAUUCAAGGCACAAAAUCAAACUAACUGUGUCGGUUUCUUCAGCCGACUGUUUGUGCUGAACUGGACCAACGCCCUGUUGAUGCGUCUCUACCACAAGGAACUCUGAAUGAAGCGCACAAAUGGAAAAACUGAAGCAUGAAUGGAAUUCUCCAUGUGAGCCAUGGGCCUGAAUUAAACCUACCGUAAUCCAAACCCACUCACAUCAUCGCUUCAUGUAUGCAUGGCUCAUGUGGAAGUGCAGGUGGGACAGCAGGUGUUUACAUUGACUUACCAUGUCUAUUGACUUGCUGUACUUCCACAAGUGUAGAAGUAGGUGUAGAAUGUUAACUGGAAGUAAAGUGCUGUAUCCUUGCAAACACUUAAACUGAUGUUUUUAAGAUGAAAUUCAAAUGUACAUCUCAAACUGUGUAUUUUAUUUAUCUGCUGAUGUGAUAUGAAAGGAAUAGGCUUCCUCUAACAUUUGUUUUUGGAAAAUGCUGAACUUUUUAUUGGUAUUUUCUGUGUUAAGAUGUCCUUUGAAUCCAAACAGUCUCUUUAUUUGUUUUUUGUUUUUUUUUUCGUUUUGCACUUGAGUUGCUUUGCAUGAGGUUGGAAUGUAUAUUAUAGAUUUGGGAACCUUCGAAUGGUUUUCUGAAACAGGAAUUUGGAAAAGCCUUUAUAUUGGUGUUCCAUCUAAAUAAGAUUCAUUAAGAUACAUCAUCUAAUUAUCACAACAAAGACAGACUGUGAGAGAGAAUCAAGUGAAUGAAUGUUUACUUUCAUCUCCUCUAAUACACUGAAAAUGUGUUACAUGACCUAUUGUAUCACAGGGCUUCUUUUUAAUUAUUUUAUUUUGAAUAAAAAUUCGAUAAAGUAUACGUAUAAUGUUUUUAUAUACAUAUAAAAGGGAAAACUCAGACAAGAAGAAAGAGUACCUGUACCAGAAAGAUAUUUAUAAUAUGUGCAAAAUAUUUGCACCGCUUGGCUAUUUGCAUAGUUGCAGUUUCGUAUCAGAAAGACUCCUAUGAGACCGGCACAUUUUGCCGACAGCAGCACAAGAAGCAUGUCAUUGUAGAAUUGCACAACGGUGCCUCGUCAUUAACAUGUUAAACGUGAACAAAAUAAUAAAAAAUAUAAAUGUUAGCACCAAGGGCUAAACCUGUGGUGGCCGCUUGGA